GCAGCAGUAGAUGCUGUCCCAUCAUCAGAUCACACCCAACGGGGCCGCAGCGCACCGCUCCUCGGGCUGAGCACCAUGACACCCGCAGCCUGAGCCGCACUGAGGACCAGACCCCCGGAGGACCGGCAGCACGCGCACAACACCACGGUCACACGCACAGAGAUAAACAGGCGCACGCGCGCGCGUCAGCGAUACCGAAGAUCCCAGCGACCCUCCCGCAGACACACGGACGGACGGACGGACGGACGGGAGGGAGGCGAACUCCAGCCGCGCCGCGGAGCUGUCGCUGCAGAGAGGCGUCCCGCGAGAGAAUUGAGUCAUUUCACGCCCACGCAGAUUUGAAAACAUGUCAUCUUCGGGCAAGGACGCCAACAGUGGGCAUUACGCCAACUAUGUGGGACCGUACCGGCUGGAGAAGACGCUGGGGAAAGGACAGACAGGUCUGGUGAAGUUGGGCAUCCACUGUGUCACAGGUCAAAAGGUCGCCAUAAAGAUCGUCAACAGAGAAAAGCUCAGCGAGUCUGUUCUUAUGAAGGUGGAGCGGGAGAUUGCCAUUCUGAAACUCAUCGAGCAUCCCCACGUUCUAAAACUGCACGACGUCUAUGAAAACAAGAAAUACCUGUACCUGGUGCUAGAACAUGUGUCCGGAGGUGAACUGUUCGACUACCUGGUGAAGAAAGGCCGGCUGACCCCUAAAGAAGCCAGAAAGUUCUUCAGACAGAUCAUCUCCGCUCUGGACUUCUGUCACAGCCACUCCAUAUGCCACAGAGAUUUGAAGCCUGAGAACUUGUUGUUAGAUGAGAAGAACAACAUCAGGAUAGCGGACUUUGGCAUGGCGUCUCUGCAGGUCGGGGACAGUCUGCUGGAGACCAGCUGUGGAUCUCCACACUACGCCUGCCCAGAGGUGAUCAGGGGAGAGAAGUACGACGGGAGGAAAGCAGACGCGUGGAGCUGUGGAGUCAUCCUGUUUGCACUUUUAGUGGGCGCUCUGCCGUUCGACGACGACAACCUGAGGAACCUUCUGGAGAAGGUCAAGCUGGGAGUUUUCCACAUGCCCCACUUCAUCCCUCCAGAUUGUCAGAACCUCCUGCGAGGAAUGAUCGAGGUGGACGCCACCAAACGGUUAACGUUGGAGCAGAUCCAGAAGCACACGUGGUAUCUAGCUGGGAAAAACGAGCCUGAGCCGGAGCAGCCGGUCCCCAGGAAGGUGGCCAUCAGGAUGCUGGGUUCAUCCGAGGAGAUCGAUCCAGACGUCCUGGAGAGCAUGCACUCUCUGGGCUGCUUCCGAGACAAGGAGAAGCUGAGCAAAGACCUGCUGUCUGAGGAAGACAACCAGGAGAAGAUGAUCUACUUCCUGCUGCUGGAUCGGAAGGAGAGAUACCCGAGCCAUGAGGACCAGAACCUGCCGCCCCGAAAUGAAAUCGACCCUCCCAGGAAGCGGGUGGACUCGCCCAUGCUGAGCCGUCACGGCAAGCGGAGACCCGAGAGGAAAUCGAUGGAGGUUCUGACCGUCACAGAGGGGGGCUCCCCCGUCCCGGUGCGACGAGCCAUCGACAUGGCGACCCACGGUCAGAGCAAAUCUGUUUUCAGUAAAAGCUUGGAUAUCACAAACGCUAACUGCAGCAAGGAGGAAAGGUCACGGUCGAUCAGCGGGGCAUCCUCUGGUUUGUCCACCAGCCCCCUCAGCAGUCCCAGGCCCCACCGGCGCUUUUUCGUCCCGCCCCAGUCCCCAGAUCUGUGUCAGUCCCCCAACUGCAGCCCCACACAUUCCCCUGAGGUCCGCCUUAAUGGGGUGGGCUCCCGUGCGGCCAACUCCUACCAACCAAAAAUGGGGUCCCCUCUCAUGCACCCACGCACCCAGACCCUCCCUGCCAAGCCCAAAGUAUCAGAGAAGCCCCUGCAGACCACCAGGUCCAACCCCCUGCCCAACACAGCCCAGGCCCCCGGCACCCCUAAAUCUGAUCAAUCCACAGCGAGCCAGCCCCUCGCUCCCUCCGUCCCCAAUAGCCCCCGCACCAGACGACACCCUCCCCUCACUGUCCCUCCCAAGCUGUCCAUCCCCCUCUCCCCAGUGCCCCCUAUGUCCCCGCUCCGCCGCCACCACCUUCACCCUGACCACAAUGGCAAAUCUGUCCCCAUCACGCAGGUAACCCCUCACCCUUCCCCUAGAGGAAGUCCUCUUCCUACCCCAAAAGGCACACCCGUACACACCCCCAAGGACAGCCCGACUGGAACGCCGAGCCCCACGCCGCCGCCGAGCCCCUCCAUUGGCGGGAUGCCCUGGAGGACACGCCUCAACUCCAUCAAGAACAGUUUUCUGGGCUCACCGCGCUUUCAUCGCAGGAAAAUGCAAGUUCCCACCCAGGAGGACAUGUCCAGCCUCACCCCAGACUCGUCUCCAGAGCUCGCUAAGAAAUCGUGGUUCGGGAACUUCAUCAACCUGGAGAAGGAGGAGCAGAUCUUCAUAGUGAUCCGGGACAAACCUCUGAGCUCCAUAAAGGCCGACAUCGUCCACGCCUUCCUCUCUAUCCCCAGCCUCAGCCACAGCGUCAUCUCUCAGACCAGCUUCCGGGCGGAGUACAAGUCCACGGCGGGGCCGACGGUUUUCCAGAAGCCGGUCAAGUUCCAGGUGGACAUCACGUACACGGAGAACACCGGCGCCACCAAGGAGAACGGCAUCUACUCCGUCACCUUCACCCUGCUCUCAGGUCCGAGUCGGCGGUUCAAGCGCGUGGUGGAAACCAUCCAGGCCCAGCUUCUCAGCUCCAACGACCAGCCAGGCAUCCAGCCUCAGAUAUCCGGCAGCCCGUUGAGUAACUUCUUUGACGUAAUUAAACAGCUUUUUUCAGACGAGAAGAACAUCCAAGCGUCGCACCCCCCAGGCAGCCCUACCUCGACUAGCUCCCCCACCAAGCAUGCUCCCGGAAGCAGGCCCAACCAGGCCCCUCCCAAUGACUCUAAAUGCCCCCCGGGCAAAGACAAAACAAAGAUGGCCGCCAGCAACAGGACACAGGAACACCCUUAAGGAGCGGUAGCUGUGCAUGACUAGAUGAGACGCAGUAAUCAGGUCAUUACGAAGCAGAGAGCUGCUAACUUUGCCCUUUAGCUCGGAGUGAAAGUAACAAAAAAACUAAAAUCUACUUUUUGCCUCUAACUUUUGUACUAUAUCAUGGGAAUGGCUGAGUUUAAAAGUCGAUCAGUAUUUUAAAAAACUAGCAGCAGAUGUAGCUUUGCUGUCCCUCCUCCCUGUGUCCCUCUAUGUCCUCCUCACAUGUGUGAUGGCUUGACUUGUCUCUGCCACCAGGGAUCAUCCAUAAUAACUAUUAACCUCGACGGCUCCUCAGCAGCAGCCCGCCGCCACCAAACCCAGCCCAGCGCCCCGGAAAAGGAGUCCAAACGCAGAACGUCUCAGAAGAGUUGUACAAAGGAAAUAAGGCCUUAAGACAGUGAUGUUUGUCAAUCCCAUCCCCCCCCUCCCCUCUCAUCCGUUUUUCUUCCAGUUUUCCCCAAAUGUACAUAAAAAAAAA